AUGAGUGAUUCUGAGGAAGAUGAGGGAAUUAUCAACUAUGCACAAUUACUUCAUAAAAAAAGUGGAAAAACCAAGAAAAAUUUAACACGCGGAGGAAAACAAAAUACAAACCAAUGUAUUGACGAACAGCAGCUGGAAGUCGCACGACAAGCCCUUUUUGAAUGUCUGUCAUAUCAAGAAUCUCAACAGAUCAACAUUAAACAAUUAAGUGAGGGACGCCUAAAUAAGUGCCAUCCUUUUUGGACAGUCAUCACCAAGUCGAAAGGUACACACUUGCACACUAUGGGCUUGAGUCGUCAAGGUGCCAUACAUUUAUAUCCUGAAGAAGCAGCCUUUUUGAUUUCAAGAAACGCGCUUUUAGUGACAAAAACUACAGAUGGUGCGCUUUGUGAUUACGAGACAUACUGUGAUAUCAUGUGCAAUGAAAAGGAUGGCUGGAUUACAUAUGAUAAAUACCAGGUCUAUGCGUACCUCAAAAGACUUGGAUUUAUUGUUAUGCGAUCAUCAUCCACAUACAUGAAAGACAACAAUAACUGUGAAACGAACAACAGCAACAUGCGCAGAGGUUGUUCUUAUACUACCACUAUAAUUUGGCAAACCUUUCGUGCUACGAUUAGUUCAUGGAUUGAUGAUUGUAGGAAAAGAGCAGGAAGUCCAAUUCUGUACGAUUAUAAAGUGACGCAUUACAAAACUGCCUACUCUACUUUGCAAGUAAUUCCAUCUACACCGUGGUACAGACCCUUUCAAGAAUCUCAAACCAAGCGAGUAGAAUUUGAUUGGGAUGUUUAUAAGCCAAGACCGACUUGGAAAAAGAGAGAUCCGGGUCAACCAGAUUUUAGAAUUAAAGUCCAAAAUAUGCACGACCCUUUGCCUACACUAUCUGUACAAAAUCAAUUGUUCUCUCAAAUAGGACACGCCAUAAGCAACGGAAACUAUUUACCACACCUAAAGAAUACGAAAUUGGGCAUGAGCGGCCCUACAUUUAUUAUUGCGCUUGUGGGUAAUGCUGAAGGCGUCAUUUUUCUCAGAGUAACCGGUGACGGAUUAGAAAAUAUAUCGGUCAAAGAAAAAUGUCCAGUACAAAAGAGAAAUAGACAACCACACAGUAGAAAUGUAACAUAA